AAUUGAAGAGAAUGAGGGGAGUAAAGAAGAGAAACAUCAUGUCAAAAUUGAGGAAAAAACUCAUUUACAGACUGAUGGUAUUUUGAAAAAAAAAGACGAAAAUUGUUUCACCUGCACUCAAUGUGGAAGGAAUUUUGGAAGAAAAGGCGAUCUUAAGAUUCACAUGAGGAUUCACACGGGAGAGAAACCAUUCACAUGCACUCAGUGUGGGAAGAGUUUUAGCAAAUCAUCAUCCCUUAAUCAACACAUGAGGAUCCACACUGGAGAGAAACCAUUCACAUGCACUCAGUGUGGGAACAGUUUCAGCUACUUAUCAUCCCUUAAUAAACACAUGAUCAUCCACACUGGAAAGAAACCAUUCACAUGCACUCAGUGUGGGAAAAGUUUUAGCCAAUCAUCAUCCCUUAAUUACCACAUGAUGAUCCACGCUGGAGAGAAACCAUCCGCAUGCUCCCAGUGUGGGAAGAGUUUCAGUUGCUCAUCUUACCUUAAUAAACACAUGAGGAUCCACACUGGAGAGAAACCAUUCUCAUGCACUCAGUGUGGGAAGAGUUUCAGCCAAUCAUUAUUUCUUAAACAACACAUGAGGAUCCACACUGGAGAGAAACCAUUCUCAUGCACUCAGUGUGGGAAGAGUUUCAGCCAAUCAUCAUCCCUUAAUCACCACAUAAGGAUCCACACUGGAGAGAAACCAUUCACAUGCACUCAGUGUGGGAAGAGUUUCAUACAAUCAUCACAAUUUAACCGACACAUGAGGAUCCACGCUGGAGAGAAACAAUUCACAUGCACUCAGUGUGGGAAGAGUUUCAGCAAAUCAUCAUCCCUUAAUAAACACAUGAGGAUCCACACUGGAGAGAAACCCUUCACAUGCACUCAGUGUGGGAAGAGUUUCAGACGCUCAUCUCACCUUAAUCACCACAUGAGGAUCCACACUGGAGAAAAACCAUUCUCAUGCACUCAAUGUGGGAAGAGUUUCAGACGCUCAUCAUCUCUUAAACAACAUAUGAGGAUCCACACUGGAGAGAAACCAUUCACAUGCACUCAGUGUGGGAAGAAUUUCAGCCAAUCAUCAUCCCUUAAUCACCACAUGAGGACCCACACUGGAGAGAAACCAUUCACAUGCACUCAGUGUGGGAAAAGUUUCAUACAAUCAUCACAACUUAACCGACACAUGAGGAUCCACACUGGAGAGAAACCAUUCACAUGCACUCGGUGUGGAAAGAGUUUCAGUCGCUCAUCAUACUUUAAUCUACACAUGAGGAUCCACACUGGAGAGAAACUAUUCUCAUGCACUCAGUGUGGGAAGAGUUUCAGAUGCUCAUCAUCUCUUAAAGAACACAUGAGGAUCCACACUGGAGAGAAACCAUUCACAUGCACUCAGUGUGGGAAGAGUUUCAGACAAUCAUCAAACUUUAACAGACACAUGAGGAUCCACACUGGAGAGAAACCAUUUACUUGCACCUAAGCCACGGUUACAGUGGACCGUUCUCCCCAUAGACUUCCAUUCAUAUGCACGCAAAUGCGUCAGACUGUAAACGCAAGUUUGUGGGUCAAGUUUUGCAGUUCACUGCAUUGCAGAGUUCAAGCUAGGUGAACUCUGACCUACGAAAUCGCAUUACUUGACUGUGUGAGACCAAUCGAAGAUCAAAACAUGACCUCUCUGGACAAUCGCUCACUUUUUUUAAUGUCUAAUCAUCUUUUUUAAUCCCGCCCCUUUUCGCAGCGCAAAAUGUCGCAUGCUCAAAAGUGUGACCGCAGCUUCGAUGUGGGAUGAGUUUCAGCAGCUCAUCAGAAAUUAACCUGUUAAGCUUUUGGGCUAUUUUGAGUAUUUCCGCCUGAAUUUGGCCUUCCGAUUUAAAAAGCUUUCCAUAACCACAUGCAGAGGAAUAAAUACAAAAGUUUGGUAUAAUUUUAAAAGAAAUCCUUUAAAAUUUCAUAAAAUACUGUUUUAUAUAAACUGAAGUUAGAAAAUGUGUAACUCAGGCCUUGAGUGCUCCAUCAAAAUUCCAUUUCUUUCCAGCAGGUAUCAGUAAACACAAGAAAAAUACAUUUCUCCCUAUAAUAAUGCAUGCAAGAGUUAUUCUAUUCCAACUGGAAGAAGGUAACAUGCCAAAAAAAAAAAGUAUUUUCCCCUACCUAAAUUUAAAGUCUCACCACACCCACAUACAGAACAAUAAAUGCUUUAUCUUAAUGUCAUUUUAAAGAAACCCCUUUGAAAUUCAAAAAACACUGCUGUUAAAUGCUAACUAUUAUUAUAUAUGUUUUCUGUCCUAUAAUGAACCACCUCAACACAAACAGCUUAGUUUUUUUUUUUUUGUUUUAAAGCAAGUCUUAGUGCAUAACUCAGGCCCUGUGUGCUCUAUAAAACUGUGGUCAGUUUUUGUUUGUUACCAGCAUAUGUCAGGACGCACGAGAAAAACUUAUUUUGUCUUAAUCAUGUAGUAUGCAAGAAUCAUUUUAGUUCAACCGAAGGGUGGGAAAAAACAACAAGAGUUUCCUACUUGUCAAAAGUGAAAAACAAGAUAUUGUAUGGGUUAUUAUCACAAAAAUCAUAAUUUUACUUCUUAAUAACCAUAUCAAAAUUAUAACACUAUAUCAAAAAAAGCAAAUAGCACAGUAGUACUUUUUUUCAAUGUCCAAACGGCCUUCAUACUUUAAAUGUAAAAUAAAUAAUGUACAAAUAUAUAUAAA